AUGGACGAGGCUGACAAUCCCAUCCAAAAUCCACCGGUGGUGGUCGUGGAAGAGGCAGCGGGGGCAGGCUAUGCAGCUGCAAUUCAGCCCCCACCUCUAAUUGGAAACUCGAGUUUUCACGUGACCAACACUAUGCUACACCUGCUCAACACUAAGGGCCUGUUUGGUGGUCUACCCAAAGAUGACCCGAAUAGGCACCUUAGGAACUUUCUUGGGGUUUGUUCUACCAAUGUGCAUCCGGGCGUUUCAAGUGAAGCAGUCAAGCUACGGCUCUUCCCGUACUCUCUAACGGGGGAAGCCACGGCUUGGCUAGAUGACCUCCCAUCCGGAUCCAUCACUACUUGGGAUGAAUUAACCGAAGUAUUCCUUAAGAAGUUCUUCCCCCCAUCGCGGAUGUUACAACUCCGUGACGAAAUCAACAACUUUCGUCAACUUCCUGAUGAGGCUCUCCAUGAAACUUGGAUUCGUUUUAAAAAGAAAGUGAAAAGCUGUCCUAAGCAUGGGUUGCCCGAUAGUGUGCUUCUACAAACGUUUUAUAGGUCCUUAGACUCGGUCAACAAAUCAGUGGCAAACAACAUCGCAGAGGGGUCUAUUAUGGAUAACUCUUAUGCCACCGUUUGUGAAUUGUUGGAUAAAUUGACUGAGACUAAUGAAGCAUGGCACACAAGGGAUUCGGAAGUAGGUGGAGGAAGUUCCUCCAAAAAUGUGCUCACUCGUGAGAUGAUCAAGAAGGAGGAAGAGAGAGAUGAUUCCAUGGCCAAACUUGUCACCCAAAUGGAUCUUCUUACAAAACAUGUCAUGGGUGGCGGAAGCAAAAAGGUGAAUGCGGUAGAAUCAUGUGAAGGGGGUUCUCCGGAUGAGCAAUGUUUCCAAAUGUAUGAUGAGGAGGCAAGUUAUGUCAACAAUCUAAGGGAGGGUUCCCGACCGAACUACCAAGGUCCAAGUCAAGGAUCUUGGCGGCAAGGUCAGGGGAAUCAAGGUUGGAACAAAGAUCAAGGUCACUCUAAUUGGAGAGAUAAUCGUGACAACAAUCAAGGGGGUUACAACAACAACUACAACAAUCAUCGGAGCUCAAAUCCAUAUGUCCCUCCAAAAGGUAAUCAACCAAGCUCUAGUCAACCGCCCACUAGCGAUCUCGCUAGCUCCAAAAUUGAAGAUAUGUUGUUGAGGGUGUUGAAGAAAGUGAAAUCCACCGAUACCUUUUGCAAAAAAACUAGAGAUGAGGUUAAAUCAAUGGGGCAAGUUGUGAGUUCACACUCCACUUCCAUUAAACAAUUGGAGUCUCAACUUGGCCAAAUCUCGGCUAUCCUCAACCAAAGGCAAAAAGGCUCCCUCCCUAGUGAUACAGUUGCAAAUCCAAGGAACGAUGGUGAUCAUAAAUGUAAUGCAAUUACUACUCGGAGUGGUAAAACAAUUGGGGAAGAGGCGUUGGUGAAAGAGGAUGUGUUGGGCGAUGAUGAGAAAAUGGUUGAAGAACACAUGGUCGCGGAAGAAGAAGUGAACCCAAAGAACACACGAGCUGGGAUUGAAAAGCCCAUUGUUGUUGAGGACCAUCCGGAAAUUAAUGAUGCUACAAAAAGCAAAGAAGCGGUGGAGGAAGUGCCAAGGGCUUCACCGCCCGUUAUGAAGCCUCCUCCUCCUUUUCCCCAACGAUUGGCAAAGAAAACGGACGAUGAAAAAUUCCUCAAGUUCAUCGAACGACUAAAGGGGCUCUCAAUAAAUAUUCCAUUGGUUGAGGCACUUGAGCAAAUGCCCGGUUAUGCAAAGUUCAUGAAAGAUCUUGUAACCAAAAGAAGGAGUCCGGGCCUUGAAACAUUGGGGGGCACUCAUCAUUGUAGUGCAAUCGUUACCAAAGCUUUGGUACAAAAAAAAGAAGACCCCGGAGCCUUCACAAUCCCAUGCACCAUCGGUAAAUACAAGUUUGUAAAAGCUUUAUGUGAUCUCGGAGCAAGCAUCAAUUUGAUGCCGCUAUCUAUAUUCAACAAGUUGGGAUUGGGCACUCCCCGUCCCACCACGAUGAGAUUACUUAUGGUGGAUAGGACCGUAAAGAGGCCUAUCGGUAUUCUUUAUGAUGUGCUUGUGAGAGUGGAUUGA